CAUCAUUCAUCCUCAACCCUGCUCUUCAUCUGCAGUACAUAUCUAGUCUUGUAACAGUAUAUUCAAAAAUCUCUGUCCUUGUGUUCAUUGAAUAACAUAGUGAUUCAAUACCGCACCGCGCACCUAUCACCCGAUCACAUAACUCAUAGCGACAACUCCGUAUAAUCCGGAAACCCCCAUUCACAUCAUGUCAGACGUCCACAAUAUCGUUAUCAUAGGUGCUUCUGUAGCUGGACAUACAUUGGCCAAUAGUUUAGUACCUAUCAUCCCUGCUACUCAUCGGAUCAUCUUGGUGGACGCUUUGGAAUUUUCUUAUUGGCCUAUAUCAGGUUUACGUGCUGCUGUUGUACCAGGAUGGGAGAAGAAAGUCCUUCGACCUCUCACUCAAGAUACUGUGUUUCAAAAAGACUCACCGCAUCGGAUGGUACCUGGUAACAAGGUGAUAGAAUUGAAGAAAGGAUCUGUCAUCCUUGAGAAGCCAUUUGAAGGGAGUACAGAGUUGUCAUUCUUCAAAUGUAUUAUCGCGACUGGCGCUUCUCAACCCGUUCCCAUGCGUCCACAAGGUAGGGAAGGGGCCGCUGAAGCGGAAGCACGCUUGGUCAAGAUGCAGGAGGAUAUCAAACAAGCUACUAAGGUUGUUAUCAUUGGUGGAGGUCCUGUCGGGGUAGAAAUGGCUGGUGAAAUUCAUGACAUGUAUCCCGACACCAGCAUAACCAUCAUACAUGACGGUCCUGCCUUACUUCAAUCCUCACCGCCCGUUCCUAAUCCAGAAGAUACCCCUAGUCCAUGGACGAUGCCCCCUGUCAAUCCUAAAUUGUCCAAAGCGCUCAGUGGGCUCAUGAAAGAAAUCAAAAUCGAUGUCAUCCUCGAUGAUCGCGCAAUCUCUUCUGACAUUCCGGGAGAAUGGGACGGAUCCAUUGGAUCUCAAGGAGGGAUCAAAGAGGUCAAAUUGAGAAGUGGGAAGAGCGUAGAAACCGAUUUCGUCUUCCUUGGUGUGGGGAAUAAGGUUAAUGUUGAUUUGGUAAAAAGAGCGGAUACUGGUGCUUUGGCGGGAUCCCUGAUUCAUGUGGAUGAGUAUCUCCGAAUUACCUCUACUUCACCCGAAUCACCGCUUAAAGAAAAUUAUUAUGCCAUAGGUGAUUGUUCCUCCACUCCCGGAUGGAAGACUUCUCAAGGAGCUCAGGCGGACGCUCAAGGUCUGGCACCAAUUAUCGUAGCAGAUUGCAAACUUCGUCCUGCUAAACCAUACAAACGUUCAAAAAUGCAUGGAUUGUUUAUACCCAUUGGUACUGCCCACGGACGAGGCUACGUCACCUUCCCACUUCUAGGCGAUGUGUUUUUCCCUGAGUUUAUGGUGAAGAAAGCCAAAGGGACGGAUUUAUUCUUCACGGGUGGUUUCUUGAAGUUGUUCCAGGGUGCAGAAUCUGUGGAAUGAGAGAGAUUUUCGAUUGAGGACUGAAGGUGUGUGUCCCCGGUUGAUCUGGGCGAUGAUGGAUAUCUGUACUUGUACGAUGGACUCUCGACGGAUGAGAUUGUGUGUAUGAUGAAUUUAUUCAUUCUCC